UCCGUGCGUGUGCGUCGCGACGGGGGCAGAUCUUCAUCUCUGCACGGGUUGAUGCCAAAUUGGAAGAACAGAGGAUUUGCAAAACAAGAGGGAUUUCGAUCGGACGUACUGUAUCGACAAAUCAGGCGGCAUCAUGACCAAAGUCCACGGUGCGAUGAAAUGCGUGAAAUACCUUCUCUUCGUGUUCAACUUCAUCUUCUGGUUGGCGGGCUUGUUGGUGCUGGCGGUGGGACUGUGGCUCAGGUUCGAUCCAGAUACGGUGAAGCUUCUGACAGGUGAUGGCGCCCCAGAAACCUUCUUCAUAGCGGUGUACAUCCUGCUCGGCGCUGGGGCGCUGAUGAUGGUCGUCGGGUUCUUCGGUUGUUUUGGGGCCAUGCGGGAGUCCCAGUGUCUUCUUGCAUCGUUCUUUGUUUGCCUUCUGAUAGUCUUUGGCGCAGAGAUCACAGCUGGUGUGUUUGGAUUCAUGAACAAGGAACUGAUUUCAGAGGAAAUCCAAAAGUUUUAUAGCAGCUCCAUUGCUGAUGACAAUUCGAAUGGAACUGCGAUUGCAUUAAUUUACCACAAGACUCUGAACUGCUGUGGAGGCUCCACAUCAACCACGGCUCAGGAACUGUGUGCAGAAGCUCCUGAAGACACUCAGGACUGUCUGACUGCAAUAAUAGACUUCUUCAAUGAAAAGCUGCACAUCAUUGGAUAUAUAGGGAUUGGCAUUGCCGGAGUAAUGAUCAUUGGAAUGAUCUUCAGUAUGGUCCUGUGUUGCGCCAUCAGGAACAGCAGGGAGGUUAUAUAGAUGGUGAGCUGGUCCCCCGCCUAACUCGACAACAACCAGACCAGAACGCGCUCGCUCAACCCUUCAUAAUCAAUGUAUGCGCAUGAGAAGGGGAACACCAAAGUUACAUUUGAAUGGCAUUCCUCGAAGUCCAGACUGUAGUGGUGGGGAGUUUCACCACACAGAUCAAAUUCAACACAAUAAGCUGGAUCAUUAUCCUCGCGCCAUCUCCUCGACUCCACCAGCACUGACACACCGACUUAUUUCUCCGUCCCUUCUCCAACUCUGUGGCAUUCCUUGCUUUUAACAUGUCUUUAUUAGACCACUGGUGCUCUGCAGAGGCUGCAGUGCUUCACUGGCCUAGUGUUGUCACUGAGGAGUAUUGCUGUAAAUAUGGACAGCUCUGUUCACAUCCUACGUUAAUAUUAUUCCGUGCAUUUUCUCACACUUUUAGAUCUAAUGCCAUACUUCAUCCUACCUUGCGUGUUUUAAGUGUUUUGAGGACUAGCCUACCUUUGCAGAAUACAUUUCUACUAUGCAUCUACGUAGUAUGAUUUUGUUGCACAGUCAAGCCACCGAUUAAACGAUUAUGAGUAUGUACAUCGUGACUGUGCUCGCUCUCUGCCUUCGCUCUCGAGUAUUUUUUACUGUAAAAGCACAAUAGAAGACAUGUAGGUACGAUUUCAACCUCAAAGGGUUAGGACGGUCUGAUGAUAAACUUCCCCUUUUGUAAAUGUUCAAAACUCGUCCAAGAAGCGAGUACCACUUUGCACUGAGCUCUUCUCAAGCACGUUUGAACUGUAACAGUGAGCUAGUUUGCAUUUUGUGUGAGUUAUCGUGGAUGUAAAUUUUAAGAUGUGAAUUGUAGAAUAAUAUAGUUUAUGUUGUAUUGUUAACCGUAAUAAAACUACUGGGUGCUUUUA